AUGUGUGGUGGUGAGCGUGGACGACGAGGACAAGCAUGCAACAUUCUCAUGGUCCUUGUGUUGGCGCUCUGUUUAUGCUCCUUAUUCUUCUGUUUAUUUCCCGUCAUUUCUUUAUCCAACCUCGAGUUCUACGCAACAGAGGCCUCCCUUACACAGUUUAAUCGCACCACAAGCAGAGACAACAACAAUAACACAUACACUAAUCUCUUUUACAACUUGACAGCCAGCAUCUCAGUGAAAAACCCUAGCUUAUUCACACGGGUCGAUUUGAGCAGCAUCACAGCCUCUGCUUGGUACAAGCAGAGAAAGUUAACGUCUUUGAGAUUGGCACCUCUUGUUAUGCGCCACAAGAAGACCAACGUUCUGGAACCAGUCGUGUUCCAGGGUCGGAGAGUUGAUGAACUUUGCCUGGAGGUUGAUGAUAACCGAGAGGCAAGUGCUGGGAUUUAUGAGAUCGACGUGGGUUUGGAUCUUCGGAUCGUAGUAAGGGAUCCAUUGAGCUUGUGGCCUGAUGACCGGGUCAGGCCACCGGUGGUGUGGUGUCGCCUGAGAGUUCCUUUGGUUUCGAAUAAUGGCUGUGAAUCGGUUGUGCCUUUCGAUGUCACUCAAUGUUCAUUAUUUGGAGGAAGGCAUUUUUAUUGGAACCGUUAUUAUAUGUAUGGAAACUGA